GCUCUAGGCCUGGGCUCGCGCGUGCGCUCGGGGAGCCAGCUUUGGGGUCCUGCACGCGAGCCUCCACGAGGUGAGAGCGAAAUGGAGGAUUCGGAGUCGACCUCCGCCGCAACCUCAGCCUCGACUCUAGCGACCCAGGUCGCACUGGAGCAGCUGGACAAAGGGCAGAUCACAAAGGCAGUGGAAGCUCUGUUGGCACAUUCCAGGUCCAGGAAAAACGCGAAUGGAUUGCUUUUGAAUGAGAAUGAAAAUUUCUUUUUAAUGGUUGUAUUAUGGAAAAUUCCAAGUAAAGAACUGAGGGUCAGAUUACCCUUGCCUCAUAGUAUUCGAUCAGAUUUAGCAGAGAUCUGUUUAUUUACUAAGGAUGAAUCCAAUGUAACUCCUGAAAAGACGGAGCGUUUUUAUAAGAAGCUUUUGAAGAAACAUGGAAUUAAAACCAUUUCUCAGAUUAUCCCCUUCCGAACUUUAAAAAAGGAGUAUAAAGCCUAUGAAGCCAAGCUCCGCCUCCUUGGUAGUUUUGACUUCUUCCUUACGGAUGCAAGAAUCAGGCGGCUCUUACCAUCCCACCUAGGGAGACAUUUCUACAAGAGGAAGAAGGUUCCAGUACCUGUAAACCUUCUGGCCAAGAACCUCUCCAGAGAGAUCAACGAAUCGAUCGGCGGGACUGUCUUAAACAUCUCUAGCAGUGGUUCUUGCAGCACUAUCCGCAUCGGUCACACAGGAAUGCAAGUUCAGCACAUCAUGGAAAACAUUGUUGCUGUUGUGAAAAGGCUUUCACAGAAAUUGCCGGAGAAGUGGGAGAGCGUGAAACUCUUGUACGUGAAAACCGAGCGAUCGGUUGCCCUUCCCAUCUUUUCUUCAUUUGUGAGCAGUCAGGAUGAAGCCAACGGGGUGCGCACUCCUAGUCAGAAGAAGAAAGAAGCAAGGAAAAUACAAAAACAAAAAGAAUAUCGUGAAAAACAAAAGGAGAAGAAAAGAAAUGAAAGUGUUGUGAAACAGGCUACAUCAGCCCUGACUACAGAGAAGGCCACAGCUAAAACUAGUGGUACUCCAGUGAAGGACCCUGGACCCCAGAAAAAAGAGACCCCCAAACAUGAAAAGAAAGAGACCCGCAGAAUAAAAGCCCAAAAUAAAGUACAAGAUGAAUCCGAAGAAGAAAUUCCACUGCUGGUCCCAAUAGGAGAAUCUCCUGCUAAAGCAAAUGUAGAGGUACAAAAACAUGCUACAGGAAAGAAAUCUCCACAAAAGGGUCCUGGUCCCAAUACACCCCAUGGGAAGAAGAGAAAGUCCUUCCCAGCUUUGGAGACCCCAAAAACGGCAGAGCCCAAAACCCCAGGGAAGAAGCCAAGAAUUAAAGAAGAGGUGGAGAAGGAAAGAAACUCUCCCUUGGGGAAAAAAGACCCAAGACAGACACCCAAAAAGCCAGAGGCCAAGUUCUUCACUACAGCUAAUAAAUCAGCAAGAAAAGCUCCCCACACACCCAAACAAUGGCCAAAAAAACCCAAAGUGCCUCAGUUGGCCUAAAAUCAGUGAACUCAACCAGGAGUUAACAUCAGAGUUGCCUGGAGGCCUUUUAAAAAAUAACCUGGGUCCAGAUCUCCAUUGCAACGUUCUCUUAAGAGUGAGGUCUAGACAUAACUAUGUUUAAAAACUUGCACAAGUAAUUCUGUUAUAUACUCGUGGGUGUAAGAACCAGUAGCUUGAAUCCAUUUUUUAAAUUGCUCUUCUGUGUAUUUGCUAAUAUAACAGAGGGAAAACACAGUGCUUUUCUGUGGUUGUGUUUUUUAUUAUUAAAGUGUAGCAUUUGCUUCUCAGUAAACUGUUUGUCUUGUG